AUGUCUGUCAAGAAGGACGACGAGGCCGGCACCUCGCCGCCGGCGCCGCCGAGGGUUGCGGUUGCGGCGGCGGCGGCUCCGAAGCCAUCCACCUACGCGCCCAUGGGCGCGCUGCGGGGCGAGGAGUGCGCUGACCUCCUGGCGCUGGUCUCCGCCGUCUCGCGCCCGCUCGAGGACGCCGUCGCGGAUUUCCUCGCACGCGUGCCCCCCGAGCGCCGCCCCCGGUUCGGCAACGCCGUCAGCUUCGUCCUCGAGGACAAGAUGAUGCUUCAACCUGCUGAGCGUUUAGUUGCAUUUGCAAUUCUACAUCAAGGUUAUUCCUCACAGUUGGCAAAUCCAUUUCUUCCUCUUUUAAUAAAUGCUGCAUGUGAUGAAACUUCUGAGAAAGCAGAACAGGCAUUUCUCCAAGUUUUGUUAAGUUCGACUAAUGGGGACAAUAGUGAGGUUCUGAAGCAGUCUGCUGUCGAUUACUUGAAUGGAUCUGAUUAUGCAUCUCAGGUCUUUUUGCCAAGAGAACAGCUCGUGAAACAAUGUUCCUAUGAUGUUGCAAGACCUCUGCCCUUCUCUAGUAAUUUCAGAGAUGCCACUGUCAGAAGUGCUAUUCUUGACCCAGAUGUUUUUCAAAGCGUCGGUAAUUCAUCGGAGGUGUCCUCAAUAAUACCAAAUAGAGAUGACAUGGUUGCUACAUUACUUCAACAAACAUCACUUAAAGGAUUGCCUCCUCAAUGGAUACGACCCUCACCACCAAGACUUGAAAUUCUUGAAGGGGAGUUACAGUGGCUGAACAUAGACAACAACCAUGAGCUACUAUGGGAUGGUACCAUGUGUGCGGACACUAGCCGAGGUGCUGUGAUUCGAGAUCUGGUCGACCAAGCUUGUAAAGGUCCACUUGCAGUGGCCCAGCAAGAGAAAAUUAUUGAAGAUCUGGGGAAGGACUGGAAGCUAGUCUAUCAUUGUGGGAUGACACCACAGAAGCUCCCUGACCUUGUUGAACAUAAUCCACUUAUAGCUGUCGAAGUUCUUUCAAAGCUAAUCAACUCUCCGGACAUGGAUGCAUACUUCGAUGUUAUUGUCCAUAUGGAUAUGAGCUUGCAUUCAAUGGAAGUAGUAAACAGGCUCACUACUGCUGUAGUUUUGCCACCAGGAUUUGUUCACGACUAUAUCUCAAACUGUAUUCGAUCAUGUGAAGACAUUAAGGACAAGUACAUGCAAAAUAGACUAGUGAGACUAGUAUGUGUUUUUCUACAGAGCCUCAUUCGGAACAAGAUAAUAGAUGUGCAAGAUCUCUUCGUUGAGGUGCAAGCAUUUUGCAUCGCCUUCUCGCGAAUAAGGGAGGCGGUGGGGUUGUUCAGGCUCCUCAAAUCUCUAGAAUGA